GGACCGCACUGCCAACAAAAUUAUAACUAGUUGCUUCAGCUUGCUUGGGAACAUCUGGAGUUUGGAGGAUGAUAUAUAGUAGUAGGUCUCUGUAGCAAUUUUAGAGACGUUGAAAGCCAGAUUGAGUUACUGGUCUUAGCAGUUAUAUAGCUCCUAGGAUCUUAUGUCUAUGGAAAAGGAUUAAUCCUUCCUUUCUGCAGACUUGACGCUGCCACCCAGUGAAAUAUUUUUGUGAGCUUGUCUGUAAUUUGGUGAAUCUCUACUUAUCACCAGAGAUAAGUAAGCGGUUGUGACUAUUUUUUGAAAUCUAGCAUAGCACUAGGCACAACUUGCAAGAUAUCUUUUCCCGCAUAAAACCACAGAGAAUUGGAAUUCUUAAAGACGACUUGAGAAAAUUGGCUCCUUCGUCCAGAAUGAUAACCUGUGGACCAGCCUUCUCGUUCGCCCGGUGCCUCUUGCGGAGAAAAAUCGUCACUCUGGACAGCCUUGAAGAUAGCAAAUUAUGCCGCUGUUUAUCCACCAUGGACCUUAUUGCCCUGGGAGUAGGAAGCACUCUCGGUGCUGGCGUUUACGUCCUCGCUGGAGAAGUUGCAAAAGCCAAUUCCGGACCUAGCAUUGUAGUUUCUUUCCUCAUAGCAGCCUUGGCUUCCGUGAUGGCAGGGCUUUGUUAUGCAGAAUUUGGUGCUCGCGUUCCAAAGACUGGCUCUGCCUAUCUGUAUACUUACGUCACUGUUGGCGAACUCUGGGCUUUUAUCACAGGCUGGAAUCUCAUUUUGUCUUAUGUCAUAGGUACAUCAAGUGUAGCAAGAGCGUGGAGUGGUACCUUUGAUGAACUCCUUGGGAAACAAAUUGGUUACUUUUUCAGGACCUACUUCAGAAUGAAUUAUUCAGGUCUAGCAGAGUACCCAGAUUUUUUUGCUGUCUGCCUUAUAUUGCUCCUAGCAGGCCUAUUAUCAUUUGGAGUCAAAGAAUCUGCAUGGGUGAAUAAAAUCUUCACUGCUGUUAACAUCUUGGUCCUCCUCUUCGUGAUGACUUCUGGUUUUGUGAAAGGCGAUCUUCAUAACUGGAAGAAAACAGAAGAAUUUCUUAUAAACUACACAGUAUACAUAGAAAACCUGUCAUCUUCUGAAAAUGUGACAAGUGCAUUUGGAGUUGGUGGCUUCAUGCCAUAUGGCUUUACAGGAACACUGGCUGGUGCUGCAACCUGCUUUUAUGCUUUUAUAGGAUUUGAUUGCAUCGCAACAACUGGGGAAGAAGUCAAGAAUCCCCAGAAAGCCAUACCUAUUGGGAUUGUAACUUCCUUGCUUGUCUGCUUCUUGGCCUACUUUGGUGUUUCAGCUGCUUUAACUCUGAUGAUGCCGUACUAUUUAAUCGAUGAGAAAAGUCCUCUCCCUGUAGCCUUUGAGUAUGUCGGAUGGGGCCCAGCGAAAUAUGUUGUAGCAGUGGGAUCUCUGUGUGCUUUAUCGACAAGUCUCCUUGGAUCCAUUUUCCCAAUGCCGCGUGUAAUCUAUGCUAUGGCGGAGGAUGGGUUGCUUUUCAAAUGUCUAGCUCGUAUCAAUCCCAAAACGAAGACUCCUCUUGUUGCUACUUUGUCAUCAGGUGCUGUAGCAGCUCUGAUGGCUUUUCUCUUUGACCUAAAAGCUUUAGUAGAUAUGAUGUCCAUUGGUACGCUUCUUGCGUACUCGCUAGUAGCAGCGUGUGUCCUCAUUCUUAGGUACCAACCCAGUUUAAACUAUGAACAGCCAAAAUAUUCAGCAGAAAAAGAGGCCCUUGCAGGAUCAGAGAGAGAAAGUACGAAUGAAUCUCAAAUGAGUAUGGUACCAGGACACAGUUUCAGCUUACAAACACUGAUUAAUCCAUCAAGUUUGCCCACGGAACAGUCUGCCACCAUGGUUAGCUUUCUUGUAUGUCUGUUGGCUUUCCUGAUUUGUGGAUUAAGCAUUCUGGCCACCAACGGGAUUCAUCUUCUUGCCAAUCUGGAGCCUUGGAGUAUUUGUCUCCUUGCAGUACUUUCAGUGCUGUUUAUCAUCAUUGUACUUGUCAUCUGGAGGCAACCUCAGAGUCAGCAGAAAGUAGCAUUUAUGGUUCCACUCCUGCCAUUUUUGCCAUCUUUGAGUAUCUUGGUGAAUAUUUACUUAAUGGUACAACUAAGUGGAGAGACUUGGAUCCGGUUUAGCAUCUGGAUGGCAAUUGGCUUCUUCAUUUACUUUGCUUAUGGCAUCCGACAUAGUGUGGAAGGCCGUCCUAGGGUGGAAGAUGAAGAUGACGAGGACGACAGCUGCUCCGAAAAAAGCGCAGCUCCAGAAAAGAUCUAUGUAAAAGAAGCAAACGAGAUUGAAAAUGCAAGUGAAAGUGCCCAGUUUAUUACACAUGAAAGGACAAGUGAAUGUUAAUGGUUGCUAACUACCAUGCUGUGUACGUCUUUUGAGUAGUGUAAUGGAAUGUAGUUGGGGUUUUUUUGGGGGGGUGCAAUGCCAAAACACUUGCUCCCGAAAGAUUAGCAGUAACCUACUUGUGCUUUGUGAAAACAUCAAUAAUGGUCUAAACCGACUGCUAGAUAUUUCAUCCAGUGGAGAUUUACCUCAAAUUGUGGUUGCCUGAAGUAAAAACUGCCAAGGAAGUGGAGGGGAACAAACUCCCAUCGGCUGAUUUUGCCUGUUGUGCUAAAAAUGUUGGGAAUUUCCUUAGCACACCGUCCUACAACUUGAACUGGCGUAAUGUUAUAUAAUUAGGAAUUUUUAAAAGUGGGAAGCUGAACCAUUUUAGGUUAUGUUAUUGGGGACACAUUUUCUUGUUUCUGUCUUUUAAAAAUGUGUGUAGCAUUGGUCAGUAACUAGGUAGCUAAACUGUUUAGCCUCUCAAACUUUAAAAAAGGGAAGAGGAAAAAAACCUAUUUAAAAAAGCCAGUUACCCAGAUGAGUACAUAGAUCAGAAACUUGGCAGGCUUUUGCAUUGCGAUGUAGUGCUUCUCUGUUUUAAAAAGUGUUAAAUUUUUGCUACCACUGUAUAUGCAAAUAAUGUAUGCCGCGAACAUCCUUUUCAAAAGCAGUGUUUGCAAUGCCUAACAUAUGGAUGGGCUCCGUAUAGAAUGUUUUGAAAUUACCUUUUACCAGUCGUGUUCCAAAUUCUCCUUCUCGAUGGUGACAAUCAAAAAGUCACGCUACAUGGUUCCUAAGAUGUAAGAAACUUCAGAACAGUGGCAAACAGCAUGUGCCUACAGAACUGGGAAUUUUUCAAGUCCAGGUGCACCUAUGGAAUUGCCCUGUUAGUGCUGAAUGUGUAAACCCUCUGAGGUUGUAAGUAGCUGCCCUAGGUCCAAUGACUGAUGAGCUGUGUGCCUUCCGAGUCUCUGGCCCACCAAGUAUAUUCAUUAAUUUCUGUAACUAAGGAAAAUGAAACUGUCAGCCAUAAAUUGGCUGCAUUCAGAUGUCACAGUAAACCAUGGCCUGCUUAUGAUGCGAACAAGCUGUAGUGAACCUCAGGCUUGCAUGCUUCUCCCCUUUCAUCCUCUCCUCUGGCAUGGCUACAAGAUGGGAUUUGGAAGUUUGAACUUUUGAGUAACUGCAGCAGGGCAUUUUUGCCCCAAACCAAUGAAUUCUCAGUAAUCUUAAUUGUGGCUUGUUUGAAAUAGACUAAAUUUAAAUCGUGAGCUGUUAAGCUGGCUUGUUUUAACAAACCAUAAUUAAGAUUAACCACGGUUUAGGGUUCCGCUGCAGCUCUAAACAACAAUUAAUAAUAAUAAACUUAGCCGUGAAAGCUUCCAGCCCGCAAGGCUGCACUUAAUAAAUCUAACAUGGAUUAUGAUGAGGAUUGAAUUCAGCCACUAUGUAUUUUUUUGCCCUUGCAGGAGGUAUUAUGUCUUUCAGUGGAUUCUGCUGUAGUCAUAACUUACCUAACAUUUUUGUAUAAAUCAUGAACAGAAAUUUAGAUUUUUCAGGGAAUAUGUUCCAUCUCCUUAAAAGAGAUGGGUAUUUGGAGGGGAAAGAGGAGUAAAAAAAGAAAAGAAAGAAAUAUAAUUCAAAUAACAUUUAAGAAUACAGAGUUAUGUUUAACAGGUGACAGGUCUUUUUAGUUUUGAAGUAACAUUUUAUAAAUAAAAUUUGAGGCAGGCAUAGGCACCAAAGGAUCACUCUUGGUUACAUUAUUAUCACUCAUGUAUACAGUCAUAACUAGGCAUUGUGGCUGAUGGGCAAGUUGUAUUUCUGGCACAUGUGUGUCUGCUCCACACAUUAUUUUUUUGUAUAAAGCAACAUAUGUAUGUAUGUGUGAGAGAACAAACCAAAGAGAAAAACAAAGCAAAACUGUCCUGCAGCAUUAAUUUACUUAUUUUCUCAAGAAAAGGAAUAGGUGCUGUGAGCAGCUGUGGCUGUUUCUUCUCCUGGAGACAGAGGAAGGAUAACCUGACAAUAUACCUGAUGCCUUUUAGUUUAUUAAUGUUGGGACCAUGUUACAACAAUGUGUCAAACAUCUCAUCGCAACUGUUGGGUUAGAAACCCAUGUUUUAAAAAGCUGAAAAUUUCAGGAUUCAGAGGGGCUUGGGAACAAAAAUUGUUUUUAAAAGUGCUUUAGAAAAGCACUCAAUCCAAGACUGUGGAUUUAAUGCUUUUUCUGCCAACAGUUUUCUUAUCCCUACACAAGUAAAGGUAAAAGGUAAAGGACCCCUGGACAGUUAAGUCCAGUCAAAGGCGACUAUGGGGUUGCAGCGCACAUCUUGCUUUCAGGCCGAGGGAGCUGCUGUUUGGUGGUUCAAAUUCACACAAUGGGGUGAGCUCCCGUUGCUGCCCCAGCUUCUGCCAACCUAGCAGUUCAAAAGCAUACCAGCGCGAGUAGAUAAAUAGGUACUGCUGCAGCAGGAAGGUAAACAGUGUUUCCGUGCGCUCCGGCUUCCAUGCCGUUGCAUCAAAAACGGUUUAGUUAGAAAGCUGUCCUGCACAAGUAUUAAAAUACUAAUGAGAUGAUUAUUUGCAAAUAAGUACAUCUUAAGCACACUGGGUGGGGUUUUUUAAAGUUUGAUAAGGAAAGUAAGGUCGGCUUUCGAUGUUACGGAAGGGUGACCAGGUGGGAAUGCUGUGCGUGUGUAUUUGUGUGUGAUGUCCAAAGUCUACAGGGAGAGGUGGAAGAUCUAGAUGCAGAUACAAAUUCACACACACAGUGAAAGAGAGAGCUGUUUAGGUUCUUAGUUAUGAUUCUUGCAGAGUAAGUAUAUAAGGAGGAAACACAAAUCAGUUACAUUGCUCGCCCCUAUCUGACUUGGCUUACGUGUAAUUUUUUGAUGUCAGCCUAACAAUUCUGAGUUUGAUAGGAACUGUAGUUAUGGCAGCACUGUUCUUUAACUUAAAAAUGUAAAGGAGGUAUAUUUUAUCUUGCUUUUUUGUAUAAUCUUAUAUUAAUAGUGGAAAGAACACUUUUAUAAAAAAAAUUAUGAACUAUAUGGAAUGUGAGAAAUUGUGUUAAGAUGAGAGAGGGUGCCCUGAUUGCCGCCAUUAUUGAAUGUAGAUAGUAUUGCAACAGUUUUUAGCAUAUUGCUCUGAUUGACUGAUCUGUUUGCAAUGUCCCAAAAUCAAAAGAGAUAUAUAUAUGAUUAUGAUAAUUUCCUAAAACAAAUGUAUUAUUGAAAAAAGUCACAUUUUAGUAAAUAACUGAGAUCACAAAGUUCAAGGAAAACAAAAAUCACAAUGGGGAAAAUGCAGAUCAUUUUAGCAGACAACAAACUUCCACAGGUCAGGUUUGUAGCUAAUCAAUAUCUCUUUAGGCAUCAUUAUAUUAUGGAUGUCCUUAAAAGUUGUUAAGUGAUGAAUAGCAAUCACCUUUGUUACGACUUGAAAAACUUUACUACUGUGUGUACUAAAAAACAAAACAGAAACUCAGAAGAGACAAUCAAUACUGUUUCUGUAACUGUUUUAAGGUUUUCUACGUUUUGUCAGUUUUUGUCGUAUCUUAUUUAAUUUUAAUAAAAAUGUUGGAGGCUCAGGUUACUUAUCCAAGCCUUCCACGAGACAGAACAGAAUGUUAGAUUUUCAAAAAGAGGGUUCAGGAUUUAUGUAUACUGUAGGUUGGGCCCAAAGGUUCCAUUCCAUGAAGGGAAAAGACUCCUUCUAUCAAAAGAACUUCCACGGGAGAAAGGGAAUAUUUGUACCCAACCCUAUGCGUAUAUAUAAACAUCUGGUGGAAAUACAGGUGGUGCAUAAACAUUGCAAGAAUUAUAGCAGUUGUUAGUGUGUACAGAAGCAUUGGAUUAUCGCUUAACUCUGUAAAAUGGGGUGGGGAAUAUCAGGCCUGGGGUCUAAUUGUGGCCCUCCAGACCUUUUUAUCUGGCCCUCAGAACUCUCCAGGGUACAACGCUUACUUGGUCUGCUUUGAACUCUACUUGAGGGCAUUUGCCUUGGCUGGAAUGUGUCUCUGAACUCUGAUAACUAGCCUACUGUACAAAGCUAAUAUUCACGUUUAUUGGUCCACCCACUUAUGUCUCUGAUUAUCAAUACAACUGGUAUAUGGCCUCUGGACUGUUAGCUGGAACAGAAUUUAUCCCUUGGCCUGAAAAAAUCCCCCACCCCUGCUGUAUGUCGUAUUGUGUAUGUUGUGUAGCAGAUAAGUGUUUUCGUUCUUUUUGAUAAAUAGAAUUAAAUUUAAGGCUUUAAGGACAUUUAUUUUCUCAAACCCUCUUACAGCAGGUUUUUUUUUUUUUAAAUGGGCUCAGGAUGUCUGUGUGGAUUUCAUUGAGUUGAGUGCUUGACAAUACAGUGGCUUUCUCAUUUAUUCCAAUGGAGGGAGCAACUUCACAUGCCUUCAAUGCAGACAAGUCAUGGGUGGUCUAAGGAUACUUGGGCUGGUGGGGGACAGAACAAAAUUUAAACACACAUGUUCAGAUACGUUUAGAGCUAUUAAAAUUAUUAAGCUAGAUACUACCUAUAUGUCUGUGUUUGCAACUGGAGAUAUACAGAAAGACCAUCACCAACUCCUGUGUCAUGGUCCUAUAGAUCUGCUUUUUCCAUGGGAAUGAUGGGCAGUCAGUGUGCAGAAGAGAUUUGUAUAUGCAUCUGAACACAUGUGAAGUUCUAGAUUGGGUUCAUUCUCUACAGUUCUACUUCUUUCUCUCGCACUUCUAAUUGGUGAUGCUUUUUCUGUUCUGUCUUUCCUCCAAAGAUUUCAGAGCAAGGGUUUUUUUUUAUUAUUCAACCUCAAAAGCCCUGUAAUGUAGGCUGGGCCAAGCCCACCCACUGAGCUCUAGGACUGAGCACUGAAAUAGUUUUGCUCCACUAUAUAACCAAAGGCAAUUUUUUAUUUUCCCCAAACCCUGAAGCUUUGCAGUUGUAACAGUUCUAUUACUAACCUAUGUCCAAAGAUAAGCAAAAUAAAUAGUUGUUUCCCCCAUUCUUCCUCACAUCCCCAAAAGUUCUAGUUAGUAGCUUCUAUUACUGCUUACUUUAAUUGUACCUGGUUUCACAGACUAUGCCCUUUUCAGGUCCAAAGAGCUAUGAAUGCAAGAGGGAUUUGAAAAUACAAAUUACAACCAAAUACUGGGUCUAAAUAAAUUUACGGAAUAUAACUUUUUGGUUGCAAGUCUGUGGAUUAGUUCAUACCUUCCUCUUUGGGCAGAAUGUUCUCCCUGCAAACCCUCCUCUCAAACAAGCAAUUGCAAGGAGAAAGUACUGACUGAAACAAAAGCACAGAUAAAUUUUGCAGCUAUAUUGCACAGCACAUUGCUGUCCCUUCAAUUUUCUAGUUUUUUGUUCUGCUGAUGCUUUUCUUAGUUUGUCCCUAACUUCAGUGGCCAUUUAUGUAGGUCUCCCACACUUUUGGUAGACCCAAACAUUUUUUAUGGUUCAAAAAUAUUUUCAUAAAAAAGAUCAUUCUAGAAAUACAAAGUUCUUUUAACUGUGUGACAAAGGCUGAAAUCCCACAGCCAUUCACUUGGAAGUAAGUUCCACUCGAUGCAGUGGGACUAAUUUCUGAUAAAUGAUGCAUAAGAUUGGACAGUAGAUCAAUUUCUUUCUAAAGAUCCCUCCCUUUUUAUUUCUCUCUCUGGCAAAUUCCCAGGGAGCUCAAUGGGAAACUUAGGUCAGGUCUGUAGAACUCCCACAGAAAGUCUCUACGUGUAAAAACACAUUUUGGGUGUUUUAAGAUUUUAUAAAAACAGUGCUUUGUAUAUAUUUGUAUAUUUUAGUCAUUAUUACCAUGUAUUAUGUUGGCUGCUGCCUGUGCACAUAAAUGGGGAUAGAUCAUUUUAGCUUCAGUCAAGAUAAUGUUUAAUAAUCUGCUAGAUUUUUUUAAAUUAAUGUAAAAAUGUGUUCAGAAUGUGUGAUGGAUAAAAUACUUUUUGGUGCUUUUGUUUUUUGAUGUUCAUAAGUUGCAGUUACUGUAGACUAAGAAAUUUAUACUGCUGCUGUUCACUGUAAAAAAAAAGCUACUUUUGACAGUAAUUGUGCAUUUGUUCUACAUUUUUUAAAAUAAAGUUGUACAUGUUCUACA